CGACGCGCGCGCAAGUGUGCUCGGCCCCCGCGACGCUCUCUCGUCGCGCGAGAAGUAUCCCCGUCUCUUCUCUCCCCCUCCCCUCUUAAUAACAUGGUGUCCGUCACCUCCACCACCGUCGACACCGGCGACACCGCGUUCAUGAUCGUCUCCAUGGCGCUCGUCAUGUUCAUGACCCCCGGGCUCGCGUUCUUCUACGGCGGCCUCGUGCGUCAGCAGAACGUCCUCACCAUCAUGAUGCAAAACUUCGUGUGCAUGGGCAUGGUCACGAUGAUUUGGGUCCUCUGGGGCUUCUCCCUCGUCUUUGGCAACUCCGGCGGCCUCAUGGGCGACCCCGGAUCGUUCGCGAUGAUGAAAAACGUGUUGGGUACGCCGCUCCGCUCGUACGUCGACGGACAAACCGCGUCGGACGCGUACUGGGACAUGACCAUCCCCGGCCUCGUCUUCGCGGGCUUCCAAGGCAUGUUCGCGGUCAUCGCGCCCGCGCUCAUGACGGGCGCGUUCGCGGACCGUCUCCUCUUCCGCCCCUACCUCCUCUUCAUCUUCCUCUGGGUCCACCUCGUGUACUUCCCGUGGGCGAACUGGAUCUGGGGCCCCGACGGCUGGAUCGGCAAGGAGGGCGUCUUUGACUUCGCCGGCGGGAUCGUCGUGCACUGCACCGCGGGUUUCUCCGCGCUCGCGACCGUCGUCGCGCUCCCGCACCGCAAAAAGAUCGAAGGCGACGUCGACACCGACCCGCACAACAUUCCGUUUGUCGCGCUCGGCACGGGCAUGCUCUGGUUCGGCUGGUUCGGCUUUAACGCCGGCUCCGCGCUCGGCGCCAACGCCACCGCCGCGACCGCGGCGAUGAACACCGAGAUCGCCGCGUCCGUCGCGCUCUUCACGUGGAUGUGCGUCGAGUGGAAGCACAAGGGCAAGCCCUCUCUCGUCGGCGCGUGCGUCGGUACCAUCGCCGGCCUCGCCACCGUCACCCCCGCCGCGGGUUUCAUUCGCCCGUGGGGCGCGGUCAUCAUCGGCGUCGUCUGCGCGCCGUUCUGCUACACGAUCAUGGAGGUCAUCAAGAAGAAGCUCGACCUCGUCGACGCCCUCGACGUCUUCGCCGUGCACGGCAUGGGCGGCUACCUCGGCACGAUCCUCGUCGGCUGCCUCGCCCGCUCCUCGGUGGGUGCUCCCCACUACAGCGCGAAACUCUUCGGGAAGCAGCUCAUCGCCGCGUCCGGGUGCGCGGUCUACUCCUUCGUCGUCGGCUUCGGGCUCAUCAAGGGCAUCGGCGCGGUCAUGCCGCUCUUGCCGGACAAGGACAUGAUCUUCGCCGGCCUCGACGUCUCCGUCCACGGCGAGUCCGCGUACAAGGAGGGCUCGUCCUCGGGCAAGGUCGUGAACCCGCUCAAGGCGAACAACGUGUAAGCCUCGGCGCGAACCUCGCGAACGACGGACGUCGUCGACCGACAAUAAAGAAACACUCAAGGCUCAAGGUAUAAUAAGAAAUCAACCGAAGGUUCCAGAAAUUAAUACGUGGAGCGACCGGAUUACGCUGUCUGCACGCACGACGUCGCAGAGAUGAAUAACGAAUAAACCCACGGGAAAAGACGACGCCCGCGCUGAUGACGAUGAAGUAAGUUAUUAGGAAGUUAUUAGGGAAGUGAUAAUGAAGUAAUACAAGCGCGCCUGACUAU